GUAAUGGCUAUUACUUCUCAAAACACACAAAGCUUUUGUGAUAAACUUCUAUAAUCUUGUUGUUGCAUCAUAAAAGGAGAAUGUUGCAUUUGGAAGGGCAUCAUGAGACUACUGUUUGAAUUUCUACUUUUCACUGGCGUGAUCACAACAUGCCAAGCUGGCCCGGGCAACCGUUUCUGCUUCGAAGCGUGUUCAUACUUCACGAUUAUAAGCCCGAAUAUGAGAAUCGAUUUUAAGGCACUGGAUGAAGAUUGCAAAAAAAGCUCUUGGGGACUAAUGGGAACCUAUAACGAUAUUCGCAUGAUAUAUGAGCAGGCUCGCAGAGAGGCAAAGAGGAUAUUUGACCAAUAUCUUGCAGGAGACAUGAACCACCAGAAACGCCGGUUGGCCCCAACCACCAUCAUCUGCUUGUUUGUGGUAAAUCUGUGUAACGCAGUCAUGUCAAGCAUGCAGAUCAUGUUUGAGAGCAAGAUGACUUUUCUGCUUCUGAGCAUAGCUGUAGUCACAUGCUAUGGAGCAGGUCCUUAUCAUACUUGGCAAGCAAGCACUUGUCGAUACUUUUUGAAGAAAUCACCAAAUGCAAAGAUUGAGAUAGAGAAAAUAAUGGAAGAGUGCAAGAAAGGAGACAAAAGACUGGAAACAACAUGUCAACCGAAAUUUUUGGAGUGGAUUAAGGAAAAAAAGUAUACUUCGCGAACGUGGGAUCAAGCGUGCCCUCGUAUAUAUGCCAGAAGGAACUGAAUGAACUGUUUUGCACUGGAAAAAUAAAUGCAAUGAGCACAAUAA